UCCUGGCCCUCCAGAGUGCAAUGGUUGUCAACAGCCAGAACGUCGUGAUUGCUUACUACAAGAACGAUACAAGCAUUAAGGACGAGACCGAUGACAGUGAAGAGGUUGAGACUUAUCGUGCACUCCUCAUCCUGUCCCUCGACAACGAGGACAUCGCCAGUCUCAGAAUCACCAGGUUCCCAGACCCUGGAGGGCUAGCAUUUUCCCGCUACGUGACUGGCAUCUUUUCUGACUGCGACUGGUUUGGUCGCGAAAAGGAGCUCAUGAUCUCUAUGGCUCCCUUGAAAAAAGACAAGGCAUCUCCUGGACCAGCCUCUAGUGGCAUGCCCUUUGGCCCCAACAUGUUCAAUCCUCCCGUGUCACCUCAGUCACGUGAGCCGAGCCAGGUCACUUCCGGGAAGACUUUGAAGAGGACGUGUGGUAAGCUGGUGACGGUUGCUGCCACUGUCACUCGCCGCCGCAAGGUCCCCGCGGAAAGUUCAGUGAGUGACACUGCAACCUCCCCAUCCUCUCCUUCAAGACCAACAGUGUUCCCGCAGCUUCAAACGAUCCUCCGCACAGCGAAGAACAAAACAACGAGCUCCAGUAAAUCUCUCUUUUCGCGACUCUCGUCCAUUGUCUCGCAAGACGCGAGACCCAAGUGCGACGACCACAGCUCCACCGAUGCUGACAGCGACUAUGCCGAACUGGACGAAGCGCUGAUGGACGCCCACACGCACUUCUACCAACGGCUUUCCUUCAACGACGACAACCUUAAGCUUCCACCACCAACAUCAGAAAACAACCGUUACACAGGGCGAGCCGACGUUCGGUCCGUUUUCGAGGCCCCCAGUCAUUACAGCCAGUUACGUGGAAACCCACGUGAUAUUACACUUCCGGGCCAAUCGUCAUCAGACUCUCCUCGUCCAAACACUUUACCCAGCAACAAAAUUGAAUAUGGGACAUCAUCGCAGGCUUCGUCACUGAUGAACAUGUCCGUAAGUGAGCUCUGCGCAUGUCUGGAGAAGUGCAGGAUGUCGGACCUGGCUCACGUGUGUCGCACUAUGGCUGUUGAUGGCAGUCUUCUGUGUUCUUUAAGUGAUGAAGUGCUUCUGGCAGAGCCAUUUCUGCUGACUCGGUUUUUGCUGGAAAAGUGGCACUGUGUGAAAAACGGCUGGAGGCCGAAACUUGUCUGACAUUGUUUUCUAAUGACUUCAACGGCGAAGGAAAACAAAACAAAAAUUUCUUAUUUCAAUGGGAUAUAUUUUUCAAUGUGCAAUAAAGUUAACACAACUA